AUGGGUGUCGAAUCUAAAAGCUCGGAACACUACUCGAACAAAGUGGAGGAUGAACCGGCGCCGCCUCCAGCUUAUACUCCUUAUGCGUCAGAUUCUGUUGACCAGUCUACCCCACAACAAUCAUCCCGUUCGAUACCUCAACAGGCAGAGUACAUGUACCGAAAUAGUGCUCAGCCUGUAACCCAGGGUCAGCCAUCAGAUCCAUCACAAUGGAAUGCACCUGCGCCGUACGCCCCACCCAGCAACUACCAUGAUCAAUAUCAGAACCGAUACCAGAACCGGUACCAGGAGUACCAAGAUCGGUAUGGGAACGGGCAAUAUCAGCAAUACCAGGACCGAUAUGAGAACGGGCAAUAUCAGCAAUACCAGGACCGAUAUCAGAACGGGCAAUAUCAGCAAUACCAGGACCGAUAUCAAAACGGCCAGUAUCAUCAGUACGAGCAGAAAUACCGUGAUCGAUAUCAGCAAUAUCUCCCACAAAACCUCCCGCCAAACCUCCCACCACGACCAAUUCCUCCACUCCAGCGCCCACCUACACAGGGACUGAAACCAUGUGUGAUUCCUCGUGAGUCCACACCCAUUUACUUUACAACGAACCUCACCCAGCACUAA